GUUACCUGACCCUAACCUGUCUCACUGAUCUCUGAUUUGCCUUUCGACUUGGACUAAGGAAUUGGGAGAGAGCAAAAAUGUGGACUGGACUAGUGGUUCCCAAGGACUGGAUUGAGAAACCCUGGUCAAACAGACCUACACCAAAGUUGGUCAUUUCAGCGGACCGCUGGAUUUAACGUCGCAUACGGAGAUCUAAGGCUUAAAAUGAGGGUUUCGCUCUGGCUGGGAUUGCUGUUCUGCUUCUUCUUGGUUAGAGGCACUGCUCUGAGGGUCUUCACCACCCUUGGGGGGCGGGCCGAACUCCCAUGUAGGUAUGAGUAUGAGGACGCGGGGCCCAUCCAGGAGCUGUCGGUUCAGUGGAAAGGUCCUCAACACCAGUUGUUGUGCCACUUCAUCAAGCACAAGGCAUUCCGUAACUGCAGUGGGGGCUACGCACUGGACUACGCACCUGGGCGGAUCAGGCUCUGCGUGGAGGAGGUGACGGCGGCCGACGCCGGGCCACAUGUCUGCUCCGUCAGCAAGCAGCACGCCUUCACCGACUCCGUCAUCGAGCUCCACCUGACCUCACGAUCUGCCACUGCUGCUCCACUACCCAGUAAAUGUCUGUCAGGAAAGGCAAGAGGCUCUAUUCCUCUGGUCAGCUGGGUUCUGCUCUUGUGCUUCUGGGGGAGGAGAUAAUGCAGGAGUGAGAUCAUCCCGGGGACCAGAAUAAACGGAGCAUCACUGUAAUAGCGCUUGUUUGCACAUACUCUUCUCUGUGUGGCAAAUAAAAGCACAAUAUGGUGAUAAACAGAUGGCCGAGUCGACAGCCAUGUGCCAGACAACUAAAGCUGUAUUUGCUUGCAGUGCCUCCAUAUCGGUGACAGGUGCGUGUUGAGCAAAAUGCUGUAAAUACACUUUAAAAUAGAUAGAAAUCAGAAUGUGCAUCACGGUAUGACACGGGAACAGUUUGCAAUGGAUAAGUAAGGCUUAGCCUUUUGCUAAAUGAGGAAAACAGGUAGCAUGCAUUAGGUUUUAUAAUGUUAACAUCAAAAUAUUACUGGUGGCAUUUAAUGGAGGUUAGGAUUAAAGAUAUCAGGGAUGCCAAUUUUCUUGCAUCUGGUGUGACAUACUUUCAGAAUCUCAAGCUCACGCAAGAAAUCUUAUGGCAAAUCUAUAGUAUUCCAUUAUAAACCUAAAGUUAGCUACGUCAGAAGCAUUGGGUUAGUUUGCAAACCCUGUAGAAUAUUUACAUGGUAAUAAAAAGUGUUACAGUCAUGUUCUAAGGUUUUACAUAUCGAGACAUAAUAAGAAAAUUAUCUGGUCCUUAGCAGGUCUUAAAAUGAGGUAAAUGCAACCUCAGACGGACAACAACACAUAACGUAUUACACUGCAUUGCAUUACAUUAUUUAUUUAACAAAA